CAAACGAGUGGGCAGUCCUUUGAUGGGCGUAGAAACUCAUUGAUAAAAACAAAAUCACUUAAAAUUAUUAGUUUGGGGGAGGGAUCAGGAUUGAAAGAACCGGGAGCAUGUCGGAGCUUAAGGCCCCGUCGCUGCAAUCUCUGCUGGAAUCGGAGCGAGGAUCCACAGACAGCCUACUGGCCGAAUCCCUGCAGCUGGACUUCGAAGAUCUUGAUGAUGCCGAGUUUGCAAUACCGCCCACCGAUGUGCUGCCUACUUUGGAGGCGGUGCUCAGUGAAUUUGAGGCGGAUUCGGAUGUGGCCUCCGAGUUUGGAAUGCCGGUGCCCCAUGCCACGCCCACGCCCUCGAUUGGUGAGGAUUCCACGAUCAGAACAGACGGCAGAGGUGGUGGAGGAUCCAUAAUGAGGUACACCCUCCUACACGGCAUCUCGGCACAACUUUCCUCAGCGGCGGAACGUGUCAAUGCCGGAGCAGCCAGUUCCUGUGCCGUGGCCGCAUUCAUAGCCAUCGGAACAUCGCAUGGACACAUUUUGAACUUCGAUGUAACCCAAACCCUUAGGUGGGCCCAUCAGGACAAGCAUGGUCAGGGUGCGGUGGCCAGUUUGGCUUUCAAUGCGGAUUCAACGCGACUUUUGGCUGGUUUUUCUAGGGGAUUGGUUGCCAUGCUGGACACUCAUACGGGUGAUGUUCUCCGUGAGCUGUUCGACGUCAUAACCCCAAACACCGGCGUACUGCAUGUCAAGUGGACCUCGAGAUCAUCACUGGCCUUGUGUGCCGAUGCCGGCGGAUCGGUGUGGUCUCUUAGUUUCACCCGGAAGCUGGGCAUCCGUGGCUGCCAAUCGAGAUGCCUCUUCUCCGGCGCUCGCGGAGAGGUCUGCGCCGUGGAACCUCUAAUAAUGGACUCCCAAGGACGCCAUGAAUUGGAUCAGUACUGCAUUGUGGCUCUGGCAACGUUAUCCAAGUAUUUUAUCGUCACUGUCCGACCAAGAUUAAGGGUCAUCAAAUACCACGUGCUUCAGGGACCUCCUGAUUGCUUACCUCUCCUCGCCUGGCAUUUAGUACUCAUUCAAGCGGCAGAUACUUCCCGCUCCGUGGACCCCGUGAUUGUCGUGGGCCGCGGGAAUCAAUUAUUCUUUCACCAACUGUUUGUCUCGAACGGACGAAUAACGCUUUUAUACCUUCGACAUGUCCAGCUGCAGGGGAGUCUCCUCUCCGCUCACUGGCUGGGACCAAAGUGUGUUGCCUCAUUGGACACGGCGGAAAUACUUCAUCUUGUGGAUGUGCGAUCCAGUAAGGAACUAGAAUGUAUGGAUAUGGCCAACGCAGGACUGGUCUACGGAUCAGCGCAGUUUAAAGGACUAGCCACUGGCGGAAAUGUGUCACCUGCCUUCGCUUUAGCCGGCUCAAAUGCCUGUUAUAACUCAGUGGUUUCAAGAGGAACCCAGUUGUACGUUUUAGGCGCCAGGUCCCUGCAUAUAAUUGGAGUUAGAACUUGGUCAGAGAGAAUAAGCUUCCUGGUAAAACACCAUCGAUGGCAGGAAGCCUGCCAACUGGCACUUGAUGGCUACAUUGCCUCUGUGGAUCGCCCGAGGAAACGUGCUCAAGCCAAGGAGCGUAUCAUCAUGCUUUUUAAGGAAUAUAUCGCCAAUUCCGCCCGGGCACCAGAGUAUUGUCUCGGCGCCAUUGUUAACUGCUUGAUCACCGUGGGUGAACUGGAUCUUCUGUGGACACAGCUGUGGGAAAAGUUACACAACAGCAGCACUGAACUUUUCUUACAGCACAUUUCCGAGCAUAUAGAAAAGGAAACGAUACAUAGUGUUAAUCCAGUGAUAUCCCAAGCUUUGGUGGAUUACUGGCUGGAACACUCCCCUGCCAAACUUGAACAGCUUAUCCUCAAACUGGAUUGGAUGUGCCUGGAUCUCAACCAGGUGCUUAAGGCUGUGAAGAAGCAUCGUCUGUUUAGGGCUCAAAUCUACCUCAACACCCAAGCUUUGAAUGACUAUACGGCGGCGCUCACGGAGCUCCUUCCAUUGGUGACCCCAGAUGAGACGGAUUUGGGCAACUGCCUGCUGGUCUACGUUUCUAGUUGUCUGGCUGGAAGAGAAUAUCCCAGCGGAGAAAUUCCCGUGGAGCUGGUGCAUCAAGUCAAGCACGAUGUCCUGCGUUGCCUGACCUCCCAGCAUUCCAAGGAGAAUGCCGGCGAUGAACUGCCCUAUCCCUAUCUUAGAGCUCUCCUCAAGUUCGAUACUCGGGAAACCCUAAACGUUAUAUCGCUGGCGUUUCAGGAACGAGAGUUUAGCAACGAGCUGGGAAUCUCGCAUCGCAAGAGGAUUAUCAAUCUGCUACUGGAAAUCAUGUCGCCCGAGAAUGCAACGUGGGCGGAGAUUGGUUGCUUGCUAAACUUCAUUGCUCAGCAGAUUUCAAUGCAAUGCCUGCCGCGGGAUAGACAGCUUCUGGAACGAGUUUUGAGCCACUUGGCGCAGGAGGAAAUUGCUAACGAGAGCAGUCGCCAACACUCCGAGCGAGAGAAUGCAUGGCACGAGCUACUAUCCUCCAACUGCCUGGCCGAGAUCAGCAGCGAUGAGGAGCAGCUGCGCUUAGCAGAGAAGGCGAAGUGCUAUUGCGUAGUGGAGUACCUAUUGGAGAAGCUUGAGCGAUACGAUACCAUCCUGGAUUCCUACAUCCGAAACGAAGCCAGGCACGAAACCAUGUUUGCAUAUAUGGAACGCCAUGUUGCUUCACCAAAGAGAAGCAUUUUCCGGCAGUUGAAAAGGAAUCUAAGGGAGCUACUAACGAUCAAUGCCAAGGAAACCACUCGCUUGCUGUCUCUGCACUAUCCAGAAAAGAUUAAUGAGCUUUUAGAUAACCUGAGAAGGGAGGAGAACUUGUUAUAUCUGUUCCUCAAGUGCCUCAAUGAUCGUAAAAGCGAACUGGAAGCCAGUCAAAUGGAGUUACUACUGGAAUUAUAUUGCAAAAUGGAGUCGUCGUCUACCGUCGAAGAAUUCCUUCGAUCCAAUUCGGGUUAUCGCUUGGAGAAUGCCAUUGCCAUAGCUGAAAGCCAUCACCUUAACCGAUCUGUGAUUUAUCUGUAUGAAAAGCAAGAGAGCUAUGCGAAAGCCUUUGAGUUGUCCAUGGAACUGCUUAAGUCCGCUGCUGGCGAGGAAGCAGCCAAGGAGGCACAGACUAUAUCGGCUCUUUUGGCUCGGUCUGUGGAAACGUUACCAGCCCAGGAACUGGAACGCUGUUGGUUCGCUCUCUUGCAAUAUAUUCUGCCGCAUCAGGAGCUUCAGUCCAUUACCAAAUCUCUGCUGCACGAGGCCUCACAGCAUAUCGAUCUGCAUAAUUUGGUUCAAUUGAUUAUGAAUACCCACAAUGUGUCAACUAGUUUCGGUGAUAUAAAGGAUCUUCUAAUGGGUAUGCUGGACAGUUCGAGGCACAAAACGGAGGCUUUGCGAGCAUCUGCUGGAGCCCUGUGUCAAGAUCUUCACCUGAAGUUCGUCAAGCGCUAUCAGCAUGCGCAUCGUGGACUUUGGGUGACCACCACAAAGUGCUCCAUGUGUCGCCAAAGGCUGUACGAUCACAGCCAGGUGCUAAUAUUUGGCGGAUGUGGGCAUGGCAUACACGAGCAGUGCAUGGAGGAGUCGGAGACUCAGUUUGAAGAAUGUCCACGGUGCUUUACGGCCAUUCCAGAUCAAAGUAUUGGUUUGCCGCGGCCAAAUAAAAAUCUAAUCAGCAUUUCCUCGUCCUUGGAAAUGGGUGCCUUGCAACUGAAGGCACCGCCCAGGCGAUUUAUAUAGUUUCAUCGUCCUUUUUGUAUAUUCCAUUUAUUCCUCUAUGUAUUUAUUGUACAACUAUGUGUAUUGUAUGUGUAAGUAAAAAAAUUGC